AUGUCGGUCGCCGCUAGCGCUCGCGCAGAAUGGCGCGCUAUUGCUAUCUGUUUGUUCGUCACUAUUGCUGCGUUCCAGUUUGGCUUUGAUUCUUCUUAUUACUCUGGAAUUCUCGACAUGGACCCUUUCAUCAAGGCAUAUGGUCAAUAUGAUAGCGCGACGGGUGGUUAUGUCCUGAGUGCUAGCAUACAGUCUCUCACGACUAGUAUCAUCAACGUUGGCGAGCUUGUAGGUGCUGUCUCAUCAUUCUUGGUGGGUGACAGGAUCGGUCGUCGUGGAGGUCUAUUUGUAUCUAGUACUUUCGUGGUGAUUGGUGUGAUCUUCCAAGUCGCCGCGGAUAACUUAGGCCUGCUGAUUGUCGGGCGUCUGGCACUAGGUUACGCCGUGGGCUUGAUCUCUUGCUUAGUCCCCUUAUACGUCGCAGACUGCGCCCCAGCCCAAUUCCGUGGAGCACUGGUCUCUCUAUACCAAUUCUUCGUAGGAUUCGGUCUGCUGCUUGGAGUCAUUGUGGAUAAUGCGACCAAAGACCGUCAUGAUAGCGGUGCCUAUCGUAUCCCAAUGGCUAUUCAACUUAUCUUCCCCAUCAUCCUAGUCCCUGGUCUGAUUUUGUUUGCUCCCGAGUCCCCUCGGUGGCUAUUGACCAAAGGAAAGGUUGAUGAGGCUAGAAAGGCCCUUCAACGCCUACAUGGAGACCGACCCGAUUUUAUCGAAAGUGAAAUCCUCUAUAUCACCGGCCUAAUCGAAGAAGAACAACAGACCGAGGGAUCCUGGAUGGACUUGUUGAAAUGGAAUGCCGAUGGUCGGAAAGCCUAUCUUGGCAUGGCACUGCAAGCAUGGCAACAAGCGUCGGGAAUCAACUUCAUCACCAGCUAUGGUAUCGUGUUCUUCGUUAAUAUCGGAUUCACAAAUUCGUUCCUCAUCCAAAUCGGACUCUACCUGAUUGCAAUGCCGGCGGUCUGGCUCAACCAAUACUGCGUGGAGCGAUUCGGUCGUCGUGCGAUGUUGCUCGUAUCUACCACUGCAGUGGCAGUGGUCUUGCUAAUCGUCGGCGGUGCCGGAUCAGCAAGUGUCAAGACUAUGGCCCUCGACCGGACAAUCGUGGCAAUGGUAUACAUUUUCAUGGUAGUCUUUAACCUGGCACUUGGACCUGCUGUCUGGGUCGUGACGUCUGAAAUCUCUACUGGACCUAACCGUAGCAAACUCAUGGCAACUUCCACCGGUGCCAAUUGGUUUUGCAGCUGGUUGGUUACAUUCACGUUCCCAUACCUGUUUGAUGCGGAUGCGGCUGGUCUGAGCGCCAAAGUCGGCUUUAUUUAUGGUGGUUUGAUGGUUGUUGCUGCCAUAUGGAUCUUUUUCUUCCUGCCGGAGACCUCUGGGCGCACGCUGGAGGAGAUUCAAGUCAUGUUCCAGCAGGGUGUUCCAGCAAGAAAGUUCAAAUCAUACCGAGAAUUUGAUAUGACACAUGAAUUGGAGGAAAAGGAGGGUGCACAUGUUACUGAGGUGGACACUGUAUAG